CUUACCUUCUACAAUACAAACCCUAAUCCAGUUCAAACAACCAAUUUUUGUUUGAAUGUUUGAAUGUUUGAAUGUUUGAAUGUUUGAAUGUUUGAUUAAAUUAGAGAGAAUUUAAAGAGCCAUCUAUCAAUUCAAUUAUUGAGAUGCGUGGGCUGUGACGAUGUGGCUUCAUUCAAUAAUAUUUCCAGGACGCAAGAUCAGAAUAAUUGAGUGACCGUGGCGGUUCGCGGCGGGUAGGCCACUAGCCAGGAGAGGAGGCGAAGGUAGCAUAGGGAGGAAUAGCUGCGGCGGAGGCAAGUCGAGGUUAUCGAGGACUUGGUGGAGAUAUGGAGCAAGAAGAUCGGAUUGAAGAAGAUUGCUCCAGGUUGCUGCGGAGGAAUAGCGUUACUGGUAGUAGUAACGAUUACAGGUGGGUUGAUGGCAGUGAAGUGGACUCCGAGUCGCCUCCAUGGUCGCUGUUUGAAGAAAGAGAAAGCGGAGAUGGAUAUGGAUCUAUGAGAAGGAGAUUGGUUAAGAAGCCCAAGAGAGUCGAUUCUUUUGAUGUUGAAGCUAUGGAGAUUGCCGGUGCCAACUAUCACCAUUUAAAGGAUGCUUCCAUUUGGCAAACUAUUGCUAUAGCAUUUCAAACACUUGGUGUUGUAUAUGGUGACAUGGGUACAAGUCCAUUAUACGUCUUUGCUGAUGUAUUCAGCAAGGUGCAUAUUGAGGCAGAUGUUGACGUCCUGGGGGCUCUAUCCUUGGUGAUUUACACAAUUGCUCUUAUUCCGUUGGCAAAAUACGUUUUUGUAGUGCUCAAAGCCAACGACAAUGGUGAAGGAGGAACAUUUGCAUUGUAUUCACUGAUUUGUAGGUACGCCAAAGUUAACAUGCUGCCAAACCGUCAGCCAGCUGAUGAACAUAUCUCAAGUUUUAAGCUCAAACUACCAACUCCAGAGUUGGAAAGGGCCUUAAAUAUCAAAGAAACUCUCGAGAAGAGAUCAUCCUUGAAAACUCUUAUAUUGCUGCUGGUUCUGAUGGGCACUUCAAUGAUUAUUGGGGAUGGUAUUCUAACCCCAGCAAUAUCAGUGAUGUCUGCUGUGAGUGGUCUGCAGGGACAGAUAAAGUCAUUCGAUACAAAUGCUGUGGUCGUUGUUUCAAUUAUAAUCCUUGUGGCCUUGUUCAGCAUACAGAAAUUUGGGACGGGGAAAGUAGGAUUUAUGUUUGCUCCUGUGCUUGCUUUGUGGUUUUUUAGCCUGGGAUCUAUUGGAAUUUACAAUUUAGUGAAGUAUGAUCUCACCGUUAUAAGGGCUCUCAAUCCCGCUUACAUCUAUUUAUUCUUCAAGAAAAAUUCAAAUAACGCAUGGUCAGCUCUUGGUGGUUGUGUUUUGUGCGUAACAGGAGCUGAAGCAAUGUUUGCUGAUCUAGGCCAUUUCACUGUGCCAGCCAUACAGAUUGCCUUCACUUGUGUUGUUUUCCCCUGCCUUCUCUUGGCGUACAUGGGUCAGGCUGCAUAUCUCAUGAAACAUCCAGAUUCUGCAGAAAGAAUAUUUUAUGAUUCUGUGCCAGCAAGUCUUUUUUGGCCAGUCUUUGUGACAGCAGCACUUGCUGCUAUGAUUGCGAGCCAAGCAAUGAUAUCUGCAACCUUUUCUUGUGUCAAACAAUCUAUGGCUCUUGGAUGUUUUCCGAGAAUGAAGAUAAUUCACACAUCUAAGAGACGAAUGGGUCAAAUUUACAUCCCUAUGAUCAAUUGGUUUUUGAUGAUAAUGUGCAUACUUGUUGUUGCAAUAUUUCGAAGGACUACAGACAUCGCCAAUGCUUAUGGUAUUGCUGAAGUUGGUGUGAUGCUGGUGAGUACUGCUCUGGUGACCCUAGUAAUGCUUCUGAUCUGGCAGACAAAUUUGUUUCUUGCGUUAUGUUUCCCACUUGUAUUUGGAUCAGUGGAACUUAUCUACUUAUCUGCAGUUUUAUCAAAAAUCAGAGAAGGUGGGUGGUUGCCACUUGCUUUUGCUUCCGUUUUCCUCUCUGUGAUGUACAUAUGGAACUAUGGGAGUGUGUUGAAGUAUCAAAGUGAGGUGAGAGAGAAGAUAUCAACGGAUUUCUUGUUUGAACUGGGAUCUACCCUCGGAACUGUAAGAGUUCCAGGAAUUGGUCUCCUCUACAACGAGCUUGUCCAAGGCAUUCCAGCAAUUUUUGGGCAAUUUCUUCUCACCCUUCCAGCCAUCCACUCCACAAUUGUGUUCGUGUGUAUUAAAUAUGUUCCAAUACCCGUGGUUCCGCAAGAGGAAAGAUUUUUGUUCAGAAGGGUUGGUCCAAAAGACUACCAUAUAUUUCGUUGCAUCGCGAGAUAUGGCUACAAGGAUGUGCGGAAGGAAGAUCACCAUGCAUUUGAGCAGCUUCUGAUGGAAAGCCUCGAGAAGUUCUUAAGAAAGGAGUCUGGCGAACUUGCCCUGGAGAGCAAUUUGAAUGAGCUGGAAUUUGAUAAUAUUUCAGAGAGGUUGAGGGAUUCUUCUCCAACCCCAGGUGGCAUUGAUGUGAAUGAGGAGCUGAGAAUUCCAUUGAUGGAAGAGGCAAGAACUACAAGCUCCGAAGAAUCUCUUGGGGCGCGGUUGCCAUCCAGCAUCAUGGCAUCGGGUGACGACCCUAGUUUGGAGUAUGAGCUAUCAGCCCUUAGGGAAGCCAUGGAUUCAGGAUUUACAUAUCUACUGGCACAAGGGGAUGUCCGAGCAAAGAAAAACUCAUUUUUUAUUAAGAAGCUUGUUAUAAACUAUUUCUAUGCGUUCCUAAGGAGGAACUGCAGGGGCGGUGCAGCAACAAUGCGAGUUCCUCACAUGAACAUCAUGCAAGUUGGGAUGACUUACAUGGUUUGAGGAGACAUUAGUAUUAUUAUUAUUAUUAUUCUAAAUCUCCACAGUCUGCUCAGGAACAACUCCUGACUUGGAAAAUAUUUACAGAUGGUUAGGCUGAAUAAAAAAGUAUGUAGUUUAGUUUUUAUGUUGUUUAUGAAUGACCGACCUACUAUUUAUUAGGUUAGUUGUGGUUAUAAUCUAUAGAUUUCAAUCUCUCUUCUAAGUGUUCAUUACGCUUUAGUUGUUUU